GAAAUACAAUCAUCAACCGUACAUUCACUCCAUCCAUCCGGUGUAUAAGCACGCCAGUUCAUGUCAUCCCAGCUUCCCCAUUUCUUCCCAACAUCUUACUCAAACUUCACCCGGAUUAUCGGAAACAAUCAGCAAGGAGACACGGUACGAAGACCACAGCCCGUUCUCAAGAUACGAAAUCAUAAUAAUGAAAUAAUAAUAAAAAUACUACAAAAAAAAAAUGCCAAUCAAUUACAGCCCCGCCACGGCGGCCGAUGUCACCGCCAUCGCUCGCGUUGGCAGCGCCGCCUUCGACCCAGCCACCGACCCGAUGAUGCGUCGCAUCUUCCCGCAGCACCUACAACAGCCGGGUGUCGACGCGCAAGCGAAAUGGCGCGCGUGGCGCAAGACCUGCCGGCUGCAAGAUGAUCCCAACUCGAUCAUCAUGGUCGCUGUGGACGAGGAGCUGGACGAGGUGGUUGGCUAUGCCUGGUGGGUCGCUCCCCCCAAGCCGGACCAGGAACCGUUCGUCGCCCCUAAGGAGCCCAAGUUUGCCGGGGUCGACCCGGAAGCUAGGGGGGAGGCGCUUGUCGCCAUCGAGUCUGCGAUUGAGUUUAUUUUUGGCAAGAGCCGUGAACACUACGAGCUCUCAAUUCUAGCUGUCCAUCCACAGCACGGCCGCAAAGGAAUAGGGAAGAAUCUCGUGCAGUGGGGCUUGGACAGAGCAAGGAGCGACAAGAAAGACGCCUAUCUGAUAGCAACACCCAUGGGAAAGCCACUAUACGAACGGCUAGGGUUUGUGGCUAUUGGCGACGUCCCCUUCCUGGGGAUAAACUUUACCUCGAUGAUUGUCAAGAAUAACCCACACACCAGGCUGGAGGAUGGACGGGUUGUACAUCUGAAUGAGGCUGAGGCAGCUGCCUGAGGGCAUAGACUCGAGACCCCCAGUAACUUGGGUGUAGAUGUGCGCGUGGUUUGUGGAGUUUAUGUGACUAGACUACCUAGCUAGGUGUAGAAUCUAUCCGAUGGCUUCCUUCUGUGAUUGCAUCUCUCAUGAGCAAAUAGCAAAA